UACGAAUCCUCUUCCACAUCCGCCAUUUUGACAUAUAGUGUUAGGUAGGAGCGGAUAGUUAAUGUGUUAGCGUUUUGUGAAGAAAUCUACCUUUUUAAUCUCGGAACGUAUUGUAGUAAACUGCCAACAUGGGGAAUGUGUUUGCAAAUCUCUUCAAAGGCCUAUUUGGCAAGAAAGAGAUGAGGAUAUUGAUGGUGGGGUUAGAUGCAGCAGGAAAGACAACAAUUUUAUAUAAACUGAAGCUAGGUGAAAUAGUUACUACAAUCCCAACUAUUGGAUUCAAUGUUGAAACUGUGGAGUACAAGAACAUCAGCUUUACGGUAUGGGACGUGGGCGGUCAGGAUAAAAUUCGACCUCUGUGGCGACAUUACUUCCAGAAUACACAAGGUUUGAUCUUUGUAGUAGACAGCAAUGACAGGGAGCGUAUUGGGGAGGCAAGGGAAGAACUCAUGAGAAUGUUGGCAGAAGACGAACUACGAGAUGCUGUGCUACUUAUAUUUGCAAACAAACAGGAUUUGCCGAAUGCAAUGAAUGCUGCAGAAAUAACAGACAAGCUGGGCCUGCAUUCUCUGCGAAACCGCAACUGGUACAUCCAGGCGACGUGCGCCACCAGUGGUGAUGGCCUGUAUGAGGGACUUGACUGGUUGUCCAACCAGCUGAAGAAUGCUAAUCGCUAAAUCUCGCCACACUUGAGUACCAAGCAGCCAAACCGCUCCUCUACCUUGCAACAGCGUUGGGAAGAAAAGAAGAGUUGGGGACACACUAUCACAGUGGAAAUUAUAUUUCCAAGGUGAUUCUAGCAGUGAAGUAAAUAUUUUUUAUUAUUCCUCUUUCCUGCACAAAGUGCAAUUGGGAUUUCAUAAAUAUUGCUAGUUGACUUGUGCUGAGGAAGUGGAAAUAUUUACUUUAUUCCUAGAGGUCUUGAAGAUGUUCUGGCUACAUUGAUUGUGUUUGCCACAGAUCUGUAUCACAUCACACAUUUUUCUUAAAAUCCAUUGAUAUAAUGCCUGUUGGUUGUAUUUUAAUUUGUCCUGCAAUUAUAAAAUGGUACGAAACAUUGUUACAUUUCUUUCAGCAUAUUUCAAAUUGCAUGUAUUUGGUGCUUUUGUUUUAAAGCAUAGAGUUUAAAAAUAAAGCCAUGAGAAUUUUCCAUGGAUUGUAUGAGAAUUGUGAUAUUUCUUUGUGGCAUAUGUGUUAAUGGAACAGCCUGGAUAGGGGGGCCUAGUGUGUGUCUGUGUGUGUGUGUGUGUGAGAGAAACUACGGUAAAGAUACCAGAUGGAGCGUGCACACAAAACAAUAUUAUUAGUUACUACAGUUUUGAUUUGGUUGCAUUCUCCCCAGAAGGCAGUGGACUUGAUAUCCAUUUUAAUGGGACUUGAAUUUAUGAAAAGUGAGCAUUUUGGUGUUUACUUAUACAGUGACAAAUAAGGAAGUUGGAUGUGUUCGUGAGCGGAACUUGAAGCAGCAAAGCAAGACCAAUUUAGCCCCUCCCUUUUAAAAAGCAGUGAAGAAAAUACCAUUAAAAUGUGCUGUAUUCUACUAGCUAAGUACAAGGCAAUUUUUACAUCUUGAAGAAUGGAGAAAAUUCUUAGUUUAAUUGAAGAAUGGCUGGAAAGUGAAUUUACUGUCAUUCUCCUGAGCUGUGCUCAUAUGACAUUUCCAUGGAUGAAAAAUGGUUAAUGUGUAGUUAUAAUUCUUUACCCAAGGUUGAUUUUCUAAUCAUUUUCUUCGUGUUUUCUGCAUCCAGUUACGUUACUUAAAUAAGGAAGUUCUGAAGAUAUGUUGUUGGUUGAAAGACUGAUGUAUUGGUUGCUGCAGUUCUUGGGAUGAGAAUUUUUUGAAGGUGGGGGGGAUUACAAAGCUAUAUUGUGAACAAGUUGCAGAUUGUACAACAAGAAAGUGCACCAGAAAAUUUAGAAAUUAUGACAGUGUAGGCAUUGGAUUUUUUUAAAGAAUAGUUUUGAUCUCUUCCAGCAAGAUCUUGAAAAUUUGGUAUAAUAGUUGGAGCUUUGGAAGGAAAUGUAGAACUUCAACAGCUAAAGUUGACAUUCCGCGGUUUUGUCUUGUGCUGUAAAACCCAUUUUUCACUCUGUUUUGCUACCCUUCUGUUUUAUGUGGCUGUCUUUUGAGAGAACUGCAAUUCCUUGGUUGCAUUUUUAAUGCUGAAGCCUGUAAGAUGAUUGAGAAUAUUGAAAAAGAGAAGUGUUUAGGGAUGUGGGCUUAAUUUCCUGGUAUUGCAUCACAUUUGUCAUUUCUUUGUUUUUACUUGGCCCACUCAUCAUUUGUCUUCACAUGGCCAGGAACAUUACCUAGGCUCCUGUUUGGACUAUAAUCACUAAAAUUGUAUUCAUUUUAUUUUUGCAGUCAUGAAGGUUAUUGAAAUUUAAUUGCAAUAAUACUUUUGUUGUUUAGAGAUGCUAUUAUAUAACUAUGGGUACACAUUAAAAUAUAUUGUAUUAGUGUUCGGUUUCAGUUUUUUAUACAUAUAUUUUGUGUCCAGAGGACAUUUUCUGUAUUAUGUAAACUAAGCUGGUUGUGUAUGAGUUCUGAAAGUAAUAGACUGACAGUGAUAAGGAAAUAGUGCAGGCUCUAGUUUGUGAUUAUUGGUUGGAGUGUAUUGUGGAGCCACUUCUAUUAAAAUUGGACUUGUGUUUGUUCUUGCUCAUGUUCAGAAGCCAUUGGUCAAGUAUGUAUAAACAGCAGCUUUCAAAGGGUCAUAAUAAAUUAUAACAAUACUUA